AUGGAUGAUGAUGUAUCAAUAGAUGCUUCUGAAAAUCUUAAAAAUCCUAUUUCGGAUGAAAUUGGUGAUCAACCAAUACUAAAACAUAGUACAUCAAAAGUACCGAUAACACUUAAUAUUCGUUAUAAAACUCAAACAUUUCUAAUUGAAUGUGAUUUAUAUGAUACAUUAAAAGAUGUUAAAGAAAAAAUUGAUAAAUUAACCGAUGUCGAUCCUCAAGUACAAAAAUUAGUUAAUAAAUCAAUUACAAGUGUUAAACGGGAUGAUGCAACAACAACAUUAAAAGAUUUAAAUAUAACUGAUAGACAAACAUUAUUAUUAGUUGGUGCAACAAGAUCUGAAGUUUUAUCAACUACUCGUGGUAGUGUUAACUCAACUGAACAUAAAGAAACAACAAAUGAUCAAGCAUCAACAAAUAAAAAAGAACCAUUAUGUAAACAAACAAAACAUGAAAAAGUAUUAAAAACAGGUAAACCGGAUAAUGUUCAAAUAGGUAUUCGUAAUAAACAUGAUCCAUUACCUCAAUCAAUUGAUGGUUUAUAUAUGUCAAUGUUAAAUCAUCCAGCUAAAAAAGCACGAUUAACAUUUAAACUUGAACUUGAUGAAUUAUGGAUUAAUACAGCGGAAACAACAAAAAAAAUACCAAUGACACAAAUACGAAAUAUUGUUGAUGAACCAAUCGAAGGUCAAGAUGGUUAUUCAAUUGUUGGAUUUCAAACGGGUACAACAGAAAAUUCAAUUAUUUGGAUCUAUUGGUGUCCAUCACAAUAUGUUAAAUCAAUUCGUCGAGAAAUUCUUUCAGAUCAUUAA